GGUUGUUAGCUAGUUGUGUGAACGAGUGAAUGAGCGAGACUUGUGUGAGGCAUGAAUACGUGUAUGAGUGAACGAGCUAGGCUUCAGUCAUAAGUGUUAAGUUGAAGUGCGCGGCCUGGCGCAGAGAGAUCACCUACCUCCAGCCUUCUGUUCACACCUUCUGUGAAUAAACACCCGCACUGUUACCUGCGUUUCCUGUGCCCCUGCUGGUCAAGAGUCGAACAUGGCGCAGUGAGUAGGAUCAGGACAAGGCUGCAGUGGGUACGGCGCAGAAUGGAGAAGCAGUUGGAGGCGCUGGCUGCCCUGCUAGCGCGACAGUCGGAGCAGAGUCAGGCUCGCGAGGAGCGUUUAACCCAGCUGCUGGAGAGAGUGGGGACACAAGCUCCCAGUCGCACCACGGCGAGCAAUGAAGGCGAAACCACAGCCCGCAGCACGUCUACCCAGGGCGCGAGGUUCCCGACGUCCGCCACCAUCAUUCCUCACUUAACGGCGUCAGCAUCUUUACGUGAGUUCGACACGUGGCGCCAUAAGUUUGAAGGAUACGUAACCCUCGCCAGGAUAGACUGUCUCUCCCUGGCUGAGCAGAGGGCGGCACUCGCUGCUGUCCUAGACGACGAGUGGACCCGUACACUUCGCUACGGGAUAAGCUUACCGAGAGACGCGGAGUUAAGAACCAUCCUCGAUGCAAUGUGUGAGUACCUGCGAAGCCAGCGCAACAUCAUCAUGGAUAGAAGAGACUUCUACUCCCGCGUGCAAGAAACGCAAGAAGGUUUUGACGACUUUUUAUGUGCUGUAAAGGAAAUCGCCAAUUUCUGUGACUUUUGCGACCAGUGCAUAAACCAUCAGCUGCGUGACAGAAUUGUCGUUGGGACACGAGACGAAGUGGCUCUGAAACGCAUGCUGGAAAACAAGAAACUCACCCUUGAAAACGCCAUAGAUAUUUGCAGAGCAUCAGAGAGCGCUAACCAGUGUAGUGCAGUACUAAGGGGCGGCUCUCACUCUUCGAGCCAUGGUGUGAACGCUGUCUCGAACUACAGGAAGGGCAGUUUCGGGGGCUCAAGCCCCACGGGCUGUUAUCGUUGUGGCAAAGAUUGUCGCAGUGACAAAAGGGGAUGCCAGGCAAUAGAUAAAGUGUGUCGUAACUGCGGGAAAAGAGGGCAUUUUGCGAGUGUAUGUCAGCAGACAGUGAGGAAACGACGAGGAGCUUCGAGGAGUUCCUCAACUGUCUCUCCUCAUCGCGGUGCAGGCCCGAGGCGGGGAGCCAGUGCCAGUGUAUACCAGCUCUUAUCAGGCGUAUACACAAAGACGGUGACGGCACGACCUGCGCCCCAGGUGCUCAUUACCGCCACACAUCCCGCUGGAAGAGACAAGAUUACGUGGACUCCUGACUCUGGGGCCGAAACGACCGUUAUUGGCCUCGACACGGCAACACUCCUUGGAAUCCCGCCCUCCAGCUUGGCGCCCGCUGAUGGUGAUGGACUUUAUGCUGCCGGUAAUCACCCCCUCACCUGUGUAGGAACUUUCUCGUCGCACUUGCAACUGGGCGACAGGGAAGCUGAGACUGUUGUGAGCGUGGUGAAGGAGGUGAAGGGGGCGCUGCUUAGCUGGUACGAUUCCAUCGCUCUCGGAAUCCUCCCCGAAGAUUUUCCGGCUCAAAUCCGACCGCUACGCAGGGAAGAACAGCACACCGGCAACAGCUCCAUCAAGUACCCGACCGCCUCGCAGCCACCUCUAUCUACGCCCACAGAAGUGAUCAGCUGGCCUCAUUCCUACGACCCAACGCCACAGCAGCGUGCGGGGCACGCUGCUGCUGUGAUCAAGGCCUUUCCCAGCGUCUUCGAAGCAAAGGAAGGUUUACGUGCAAUGGCUGGUGGAUCCAUGGCCAUCGAGUUGACAGACGACGCUCGACCCUUCGCCGUAACAGCAUCUCGUACAAUCCCUUACAAUUGGCGUGAAGAAAUUAAGAGCCAGUUGGAAGAGCUGCUUAACAAGGGAAUCAUCGAGAGUGUGGACUACCCUACGGCAUGGUGCCACCCCAUCGUGCCUGUCCCAAAAAGACAUCUGGUGUAAGGCUGUGUGUUGACCUGACACGACUCAACCGUUACGUGAAGAGGCCCGUGUAUCCAGUGCGCUCACCUCAUGACGCCAUCGCCUCGAUCGGGACCGGAGCAGUUUGGUUCACCACUCUUGAUGCCAAGAUGGGGUAUUUUCAAGUCCCCAUUAGAGAAGAAGACCAGGAUUUAACCUGCUUCAUAACACCUUGGGGUCGGUACAAGUUUCGGCGAGCGGUUAUGGGUCUCGUCUCGUCUGGAGACGAGUAUAACCGUCGAGGAGACCAAGCUCUCGGCGACAUACCUAACACCAUCAAGAUCGUGGACGACAUCCUGGCCUAUGACUCCACCUACAGUGCGCACUUAGCCCAUGUCAUUCAGAUUGUGCGGCGGUGUGACCAGCACGGCAUCACUCUCAACCCACAGAAGUUUACAUUCGCGGAAAGAGUGGUAGAUUACUGUGGUUACUCUGUUUCUGGACAAGGCUACACGACAGACUCAAAGAAAGUUAAGGCAAUCUCUGACUUCCCACGACCACAGCACAUCACCGACUUACGAUCAUUCAUGGGUCUUACAAACCAGCUUGGAAGCUUUUCUCCUGCUGUGGCUGCAGCUGCACAACCCCUCAGAGAUCUCUUACGCCCGAAGAACAGUUGGUGCUGGUCUCCUAACCAUGAAGAGGCGUUUGAGAAGGUGAAACAGUGUCUCGUCAGCCCACCUGUCUUGGCAUACUUUGACCCAUCAUUACCAACGAUGCUACAGACUGACGCCUCAAGGAUGCACGGAUUUGGAUUCGUUCUCCUGCAGAAGCACAGUGACCAGUGGAAGAUGGUGCAAUGCGGGUCAAGAUUUGUUACAGACACAGAGAGCCGCUAUGCAGUAAUAGAGUUGGAAAUGGCUGCAAUCGUCUGGGCAGUCAGGAAAUGUGGCACCUACCUGAAAGGACUCCCUCACUUCGAUCUAGUGCUCGACCACCGCCCGCUGAUACCUCUCUCCUCAAUAGCAAGUUGUUGGGAGAAAUAGAGAACCUGCGGCUGCAGCGCAUGAGGGAGAAGCUUGCUCAGUAUUCUUUCACAGCAAGCUGGCAAAAGGGAUCGACACACUGUGUGCCCGACGCCCUCUCACGUGCUCCAGUACAGGACCCAGUGGAGGAAGAGGAUGCUGCUACUUCUGGUGACCUCGACCCUCUCCACUCAGCGGUCAUCUCAGCGUUAUCUGCCACCAAUGAGGACGGCGUCCGCUUAGCACCACUCCAGGAUCAGACUGUGGAAAUGGUACGUGCCGCAGCAGCAAGAGACGGGGAGUACUGCUUGCUCAAGAACGUCAUCAUCGAGGGCUUCCCUGAUCAUUGCCACGACCUCGAUCACCGCUUGCGUACGUACUGGCCGGUGCGCAGUCUGCUGGCCGUAGACGACGACCUGGUGGUUUACGGGCCGAGGCUUCUUAUUCCUCACAGCCUCCGCCGAGAAACACUAGAGCGACUCCAUGACAGUCAUCAGGGGAUGGAGCGCACCAAGCGACGGGCCCGACAAACGGUGUACUGGCCUGGUAUGGACAGAGACGUUGAGAACGUCGUUUCUGGAUGCUCACUAUGCCGUCCACUCCUACCAAGCCAAGCCAACGAACCUCUCUGGCAGGACACGGACACACCCAGCAGGGUGUUUGAGUCAGUUUCUGCAGACUACUUCCACGCAGCAGGCCGUACAUACCUCGUGUAUGUAGAUCGCUUGUCUGGGUGGCCUCACGUGUCUGCAUGCUCACGUCCAGCAUCGGCUGAUCAGCUCGUUCGUGUCCUUCGGGGUGUGUUCGCCGACACGGGCGUGCCUGUUCUCCUGAGGACUGACGGUGGACCGCAGUUCACUUCUUCAUCGGUACGGCGCUUCCUGGCUCGAUGGGGGUGGAGCAUCGUGUAUCUUCACCUCAUUAUCCACGCUCCAAUGGUCACGCCGAGGCAGCGGUCAAGUCCGUGAAGAAGCUGAUCCUCACGACCACACAGCAGGGACACCUGGACGAGGAUGCGUUCGCUCGCGGGUUGCUGGAACUGCGCAACACUCCGAGGGCGGAAGGGCGAUCACCAGCACAAGUCCUCUUCGGUCAUCCUAUGAGGUCCUGUGUCCCGGCUCAUCAUCGCUCAUACGCUCAGCAGUGGCAGCGCGCUGCUGAUGAGUGCGACGCCAAGGCAGAGCGACUGAGGAAGAAAGCGAAACUUCGCCACGACGCGUCCGCCCGUACUCUUCCUCUCCUGCACCUCGGUGGCCACGUCGACGUUCAAGAUCACACGACAGGCCUCUGGGAUCGCCUGGGUGUCAUCGUGGCUGUUGGGCGAAGGAGAGACUACCUCAUCAAGAUGGGCAGCGGUCGCGUGAUGUGGCGUAAUAGAAGACACCUACGCCCACACAGACCUCUUGCUCCCCUUCCUGUCGAGCAGCACACCGCUCAUGGCGGUGCAGCGCUUCAGCAUCAGGGUCACGAGGAACACCACCAUCCCGGCAGCCCGGAGCAUCAGGGUAACGGGGUACACCGUGGCCGAGAGCAACCAGAGCGUCGAAGCAGCCGACAGCGUAGGGAGCCGAGACGACUGCAGGUGCGGUGGCACCGUAGCACCUACGAUUAGUCGUACGUGUUCAUUGUACGCUGUGUUUGUUUUGUGUAUAUGUACCGUGUUUUCUGUACUUCAAUCAUUGUAACUUUGUUUCAUGUGUUACGGUAGCCAUAACAAAGAUAAGGAAUCUUCCUUAUGUCUCGGGGGAGGUGUGUGGUUGUUAGCUAGUUGUGUGAACGAGUGAAUGAGCGAGACUUGUGUGAGGCAUGAAUACGUGUAUGAGUGAACGAGCUAGGCUUCAGUCAUAAGUGUUAAGUUGAAGUGCGCGGCCUGGCGCAGAGAGAUCACCUACCUCCAGCCUUCUGUUCACACCUUCUGUGAAUAAACACCCGCACUGUUACCUGCGUUUCCUGUGCCCCUGCUGGUCAAGAGUCGAACAACGAGUAAAUAAGAGGUGCCUACUUAUGGUGGUCUGCCUGGCUGUCAUGGCAGUCGUGGCUCAGGCUUGCUAUGGCGGCGGAUUUGGUCGUCGAUGGUGCAGUGGUGGUUAUGGCGGCUAUGGCAGACACGGUGGGCUUGGUGGCUUUGGUAUUGGAGGCGGCCAUGGCAGAUAUGGCGGAUAUAGCGGACUUGGACUUGGCGGUAUUGGCGGCGGCUCUGGUUUUGUAGGCGGCCAUGGUGGAUUUCACGGCGGUCAUGACAGAUAUAGCGGACUUGGUGGUUCUACCAACUUUGGUUUUGGAGGCGGCCGUGGUUGAUUUCACGGCGGUUAUGGCCGCGGUUAUGGCGGUAGAUAUGGUGGUUACGGUCAUGGUGGGUAUGGUGGUUGAUAUGGUGGCUAUACGUAUGGAAAGUAAGGCACCAUACAACACACACACCAUGUCGCGACACCCCCUACACACCAUAACUAUGUGAAAGAUACACCCACUCCUGUGUUCGACAUGUAAGGAAUCAAAUAAAGUAUUUCACUAUUUA